CGCAAAGCAUGCUGGUACUUGGCUGUCAUGGCGCCGUACACAAACAGAACAUCAUCCACUGAGCGCUGAGUUCUUUCACCUUAGAACUGUGUUUCUGUUCGAUUUUAAGACUUGAAAGACUGAGAGAAAAGAAGCAUCAUGUCCGGUGGCAACAAAGCCAUGGAGCUGCAAAUGCACAUGCGUCAAAAUGCAGAGGAUCUUCAUGAUUUUAUGAAAGAGCUGGUUAGCUGGGAAGAGGACAUAAAGAAAAAAGACGAACAGCUUCGUGCAGAAAACCCAUCAGACCUUCAGAAAACUCUCCCACCUGUAAGGAACAAGGAUUACAAGAAGAAGCGCAAAGUCAGAAGUAAAGUACCUCCUGCUGAGAACGCACAAAGGGAGGAGAAACCAGCACAAAGAAUAAAAUCAUACGACUACAAAUCCUGGGACAAAUUUAACGUGGAGAAGGCCCUUGAAGCACUAGACAAAGAAGUCAGCCCAGCCGAAUCUAAUGACUCGGACUCGGAGGAAGUGCAAGUGGACAGAGACCUAGCCAUAAAGGAGAAGGAGAAGGGAAACAAUUUUUUCAAAGAUGGAAAUUAUGACGACGCCAUUAAGUGCUAUACCAAAGGCAUGAGUGCAGACCCGUACAACCCUGUGUUGCCCACAAACCGUGCAGCCUGCUUCUUCAGACUUAAAAAGUAUGCCGUCGCAGAGUCAGAUUGUAACCUGGCCAUAGCGCUGGACAGCAAAUACCUGAAAGCUUAUAGCCGAAGAGGAGCUGCUCGCUUUGCUCUUAAAAACUAUCAAGUUGCUCUUGAUGAUUAUGAAAUGGUCCUGAAGUUGGAUCCAGAGAACCUUGAUGCUCAGAACGAGAUAAAGAAACUGAACCAGAUUUUAGGAUCCCAAAAGCAGGAAGAAGGGCAGAUGGAUAAGACAGUUACCGAGGUGGCAGUUACAGAGGAAGUAAAACCGAAUCAGCUGGAGGUGGAACAGCAGAGAAGACAAGAGGCAGUGGUCCAAAAAGACAGGGGCAAUGCUUACUUUAAAGAGGGAAAAUAUGAGGCAGCUGUUGACUGCUACACUAAAGGCAUGGAGGCUGAUGCCACAAACGUUCUGCUUGCUGCUAACAGAGCCAUGGCAUACCUAAAACUCGAGAGGUUUGCUGAGGCAGAAGAAGACUGCACCAAAGCAGUUUCUCUGGACAACACCUACUCAAAAGCUUUUGCUCGACGCGGGACAGCGAGAGUGGCCCUGGGGAGACUUUCUGAAGCCAAAGCAGAUUUUGAGCAGCUUCUGAAACUCGAACCAGGAAAUAAGCAAGCGAUGAAUGAGCUGAAAAAACUCAACAUGGAGAUGAUGCCUUCUGGGCUGCAACAAGCAGAUGGUACACAAAGAAGAACAGUUCAGCCAGUCGACAAACCAGAGCACCUCAGAUCCACAAAACCUCUGAGAAGAAUAAAUAUCGAGGAAGUUGGUGGAAAGCUCACCCCCAUCCCCGAACGUCAGGGAAUCAUCGCCAAAUCAAGCUCUUCAAGGUCUGAGACAUUUUCCAGUGCAGCCUCCUCCUCAGUCAAAGAGAUGAGCUCUGAGGCCUCUCCAUGUUCAUCAUUCCCUUUUGCUAAGAUACAGAAGAUAGAGGAGCUUCCACAGCCUUCAUCAGAACCACCAGCCAAAGGCACAACUGGAGAUUCCUUUGAAAAACCUGAUGUUUUACAGAAAGAGGAAAAAAAUCCAGGUAAAACAGACCAACCAUUAUCAUCGCCUUCCACUUCAGUCCAGCUUGAAGUUAUUCCUUCACCUCCCACUAGCAGCUUCCAGUUUGAAGCAGAUCUAAGGACGAUUGGUAAUCACCCUGAACUUACCUACCAGUAUUUAAAGCAAAUUCAUCCUGAUGCUUUUCAAAGUAUUUUACAAAAUUCUCUGGAGCCUGAAGUUCUUAAUAAGAUUUUGAAAGUACUUCAAAGUUUUUAUACCAAGAAUGAGGACCCUUCAGUCAUCCUGGCCAUCCUGAAAAGCUUAUCACGUGUUAGAAGAUUUGACAUGGCUGUCAUGUUUAUGUCAUCCACUGAAAAGCAAGGUUUACAGGAGCUGUUUCAGUGCAUUUCACAUGCUGGAUUAGAGGACAAUUCAGUGCAAGCCCUAAAGAAGAAAUAUGGAGUAUAACUUCUGUGUUGUGGAGGGACAGAGGAGAAGAACUGGACGUGGUAGUUUUUUUAUAAAUGCAAGAGUAUUGUACUUCAAACAAGUCUAUUAUUGUUAGUAAAUCAUACUUCGUAUUUAGAGUUAAAUUAAUUAAACAUGUUUAACCAUGAUUUUCUUUUUAUUUCAUGGCUAUUUUGUAUUUGUUUUUUUUUAUUAAUAUACUGUAUAAACAGCUCAGUUUGUUCAGUACAAUCCAGAUUGAUACUGUCAAAGGAGUAAACCUUUAAGCCAAAUUAAUUAUGAAACACAACUCUGUGACUCCAGCAAUGAUCUUCUUGACUUGGUCAUAGUGUAGUCAUUAUACCAGACUGUAUAACACUUGCAAACAGCAGUGCUGGCAGCAAAUCCACUCUUACUGCUGAGGAAAAUGUGCUUCCUGCAAAAUAAAAUUACAACAUUUAA